UGAACGUCAACUUUCCACAGCUCAAUUUGAUCGACCAUGGGAAAGCCCAUGGAAAAGCAGCUCGCCUGGAGCACCGAGAUGGACCUAGCUCUGCUUCGUGAGGUUCUUCGUGUUGAGUCGUACGACGGGCGAGUACGGUACACUGACUCUGCGCGGAAAGACUGUCGCCGCCAACAUCUCUGUGUGCUUUGAGAUGGACAUUCCACACCACUCUGCCCAAGACCACUACGAGUUCAUGUUGGAAACGUUCAAGUCAUCCGACAGGGCGCAACGACUGUGGGGAACGGGCAGCGAAGAAGAGGUCACGGAGCAAGUUCAGCUGUUGCAGGACCUUGUCGAUCGCCGCGAAGUAAAUGAUCAAGCAAAGAAGGCAAAGAAAGAGAAGGACCCGAAACGGCGUGACUCAAUGGAAUCGACGGAGUCUCAAUUAUGCCUGGAGGCAGAACAGCGCGUUGCCAAACGGCAGCGUACUGAGGGACUGCUCAAAAGAAGGAGGAGUAUGACUCGGCUCUUCAGGAUUUACUUAUUUUUAAAACAAAAACACUCUGACGAUCAUAGUUAUAGAGUGGAGCGCCUCGAGUUCGACAAGGAAGAGCAAAAGAUUCGCUUGGCUCAAAUGUCCGAGAGUGCUAAGCGCAACGACCAACUCGAACGUCUCUUGAUUGAGAUGGGAAAGUUAACGUUAAUCCAAGUUGUUGCUGAAAAGUCGAAAUAGCAAGAUCAAUUUACAACUUGAAGUAUUC